CCUACAGGAUCAUCGGAGAACGACAAAUGGGGAGAGUUUUGACGACUGGAAGCAGCAGCUGCUGGAUCGCUUCCAACCUUUCUGAUCGAUUACCAAUGAUCAGCCAGAAAGUUAGCCGCAUCCAAACAAGGAAGUGGCGUUUGUGACUUUGAAGUGUCGUUAUAUAUUUUCCGACAAUCUGCGACUCUACGUUACAUUAAUCGGUGACGUUGGGACGACGAGGAGGAGGCUGGCUGCCCCACGCGCGACAUUUCCUCCAUUCGCCAGACGGCGCACAACAAUUUAGCCAUAAAUCCUCCUCCCCUGACCCCCGGAUACGUCACCGUGCUGCUGCUGCGGCUGCUACUGACGCCGCUGCCAAGUGCGCAGCUCCGUGGACGCCCCCACCCCACUCCCUCUCCACGCCCCCCACCCCACGACAACAAGGUUAGCCCACAGCAGCAGCAGCAUGGCCCCGCAGAGCCGCCGCCGAGGGGUCGCUCCGACAUCCAGCCGUCGUCAUGCGGACGCCGCGUCCGCGCCACGUCCGUAAACCCACGCGGGGCCAUCGCUCGCGGAGGUUCGACGCCACGCACGCGUGGAUUUGAAGAGCCAUGGAGGUAAGCGCUGCCGAAGCUUCGACCCCGGCCAGCGUUGCGCCCGCCGCUGCCCCGCCCGCCCCGAGACCUCAGCCGCCCUUAUACCUGGGCCCCGCCCACAGCCUGCUGGAGUGGCGUCGGCGGGUCAGGUCCGAGUAUAUGCGCCUCCGUCAGCUGAAGCGCCUCAAGAAAGCAGAGGAGGUCAAGGCCGUGUUCGUGUCCAACCGGCUCAAGAUAGAGGAGCAGACCGGCAUCGUGAAUGAGGAGUGGUCCAAGCUGAGGGUCCAGCCGGUGCCCUUGUCGAGCUCAGGCGGCCCUGUGGCUACGAAGAAGUCUUUCUGCCAGGUGUGCACCGUGGAGUCCGGCUUCCCAGGGUUCAAAGUUCAGGCCGUCGCCAUGAGGCCAUUGUCGACAGUGACAGGAAUCCCCUUCAUGUACUCCUGGUCCCCUUUGCAACACAACUUUAUGGUGGAGGACGAGACAUUCCUGCACAACAUCCCCUACAUGGGCGACGAGGUGUUGGAGCAGGAUGAAGCCUUCCUGGAGGAACUGAUAGACAAUUAUGACGGCGUCCAUGGCGAUCGAGAGGGGGGCUUCAUCAACGACGAGAUCUUUAAGGAGCUGGUGGAGGCCUUAAGCCAAUACUCCGACCACGAGGACGAGGAGGAGGAGGAAGCGGCGACGGCGGCGGUGACCGAAAAGAAGGAAGAAGAACGAGCGACGAGGCGGUGCUCGGCCGAGAGCUCCGAGGAGACCAAAGCGCCGUUCAUCCGCAGGAAGAGGAGGAGCGCCAUCGAGGUACGGGACCCGUCCGGCAGCAAGAAGAUCCCCAGCAACAAGAUCUUCACCGCCAUCGCCUCCAUGUUCCCUUACAAGGGCACCACAGAGGAGCUGAAGGAAAAGUACAAGGACCUCCUGGAACCGCCCAGUCCGGUCAAGCUGCCCCCCCUCUGCACCCCCAACCUGGACGGACCCUUCGCAAAGUCGGUGCAGCGAGAGCAGUCGCUGCACUCCUUCCACACGCUCUUCUGCAGGCGAUGCUUCAAAUACGACUGCUUCCUCCACCCUUUCCACGCGACGCCCAACGUGUACAAGAGGAAGAGCAAAGAGAUCCGAAUGGAGACGGAUCCGUGCGGCGCCGACUGCUUCCUGCUGCAGAAAGGGGCGAAAGAGUUUGUGGAUCAGAACAUGUUGCGCUUGCAGAAGUUUCGGAAGAGGCGCAAGCAGCAGCAGCAGCAGCAGCGUCCCGCCGGCGCAAGUUGCCCCGGACCGUCGGGGUUUGCCGAGGAGAACAAAGAAGGUGAAAGCGACCAUGAAACGACAUCCUCUUCAGAGGGGAAUUCGCGCUGCCAGACGCCCAUCAAGCUGCGCCCGGCUGAAGACGAAGCGGAGCAGCUGGCGUGCUGCAUGGCGGAGUGGAGCGGUGCGGAGGAAUCGCUCUUCAGGGUUCUGCACGGCACCUACUUCAACAACUUCUGCUCCAUCGCCCGCCUCAUUGGCACCAAGAACUGCAAGGAGGUGUACGCGUUUGCGGUGAAGGAGGCCCUCAUCCAUCGCGUCCCUCUGGAGGACGGAGGCAUCUCUCCGCAGAAGAAGAAAAGGAAGCACAGGUUAUGGGCAAAGAUUCAGCUCAAGAAAGAUAACUCGUCCAAUCAGGUGUACAACUACCAGCCGUGUGACCACCCCGAUCACCCGUGUGACAGCACCUGCCCAUGUGUCAUCACGCAGAAUUUCUGCGAGAAGUUCUGCCAGUGCGAGCAUGAGUGCCAGAAUCGCUUCCCCGGCUGCAGGUGUAAGACCCAGUGCAACACCAAGCAGUGUCCCUGCUACCUGGCGGUGAGGGAGUGCGAUCCGGACUUGUGCAUGACCUGCGGCGCUGCCGACCACUGGGACAGCAAAGCGGUGUCGUGCAAGAACUGCAGCAUCCAGAGGGGGCUCAAAAAGCACCUCCUGUUGGCUCCGUCGGACGUCGCGGGAUGGGGCACCUUCAUCAAAGAGCCUGUGCAGAAGAACGAGUUCAUCUCAGAGUAUUGUGGAGAGCUCAUCUCGCAGGAUGAGGCGGACCGUCGAGGCAGAAUCUAUGACAAAUACAUGUCCAGCUUCCUUUUCAACCUGAACAAUGACUUUGUCGUGGAUGCCACAAGGAAGGGGAACAAAAUCCGCUUUGCUAAUCACUCGGUCAAUCCCAACUGCUACGCCAAAGUGGUGAUGGUGAACGGAGACCACCGCAUCGGGAUCUUCGCCAAGCGGGCCAUCAUGCAAGGGGAAGAGCUCUUCUUCGACUACAGAUACAGCCAAGCCGACGCCCUCAAAUACGUCGGCAUCGAGAGGGAGGUGGACAUGUCUUAGCCGCCCAGCGCAAUACAUAAAUACUGUAUAUCCCGAUCUUAACUUCUGCAGCCCUCCACUCGCGUCUCCUCCUUCCCGCCCCUGUCCACCUUCCCUCUGCAGCAUUGCACGUUGGCUCCGUCCUCCGAAAAUAGCGCCUCAAAAAAAGCAGCCUCUCCCUCCUGGAUGUUUGCAGGUGCACUUGUCCCCCUCCCCUCAUCUACCCAAACGCACGCUCGUACACGCCACGCUUGUCAACCUUAUACUGUUAUAGUAGUCCGUGAUGCUAAGGGGUUUUCCUUUGUGUUCCACUCGGGCCGCACUUAGUUAGCAUACAGUGUGUCCGUUUAGUUACAGCGAGCAGUGACGUGCAUGUGCUUUAUCUCGGGUAAAUAAAAACCAGUAAUCUCGUUUAGUUGGCAAUAUUUCGCCUCUCUGUGUUGUCACGUGACACCACAAGAGGCUAAAAGUUGUGCAUUUAUGUCCAAAAAAUAUGAUAACAGACAAGAAACCGACUGACUGAAUGUAAUCCUUAGGAGGCAGUGAAGAGUUUGCCUACUUUUUUGUUUUUAACUUAAAGGGGACAUAUUAUGAAAAAUUGACUUUGUAUACAAAUAUUUGGGUCUCAGGAUUGCCUGCCCACCCAUCAAGUAUGGAAUUAAACAACCAAGUAUA